GCUGGAAGGAGCGCUGGUGCUAUGUCAGGGUUGCUGAGAACCCAUUCCCGGCGGAACUUCGGGAUCGUUUCCGUCGGCAUCCGAAGGUUGGAAGCGCCGCCCUCGAAAAAGACGGCCUGGUGAUAGCAAAAAUCCCGGAGGGUCGCACCAAGCAGGUCUCCAUUAAAGACUAUACUGCCGACAAGGGAUUCUACGCCCUCGGCUUUCGCAGAUACCGGUUUAUUGGUGAAGCGGAUGAGAAGUACCCCGUUUUUGCUGAGGCCUUCGGGGGAACAGGAGGUAGUCUACGAGGUCCCUUAGCACAUAGCUUAUCCUGUUCGUGUUUUUUUUUUUGUUUUUUAUUUUGUUCUUUGUGCCUUCGGUCAGCGUCCCCUCGAUUCUAACCCCAUUCCUUUGUUUCUUCGCAGGUGUCCCAGUGAAAAUGAUGAAUGUUAGAGGCCUUGCAGACUUGAAGAAGAAGAAACCCUCCAAGGGCCCGAGGGGGACGGACGCCGGUGUCCCAAAACCCGCCGGUGACUUCUUCAAAAAACCGGAGGGGCCGUCGGCGGGCCCAAGCGCUGAUGCUGCUGCUGCCGCCAAAAGGAAGGGCUCGGGCAGAGAUCCCGAGGGCAAGAAGCCCAAGACCGGGGAUGCCGGGAAGAAAUCCCCCCCGGUGAUCAUUGUUGAUGAAGGCCCUGCCCCCGGGCCAGAUGAGGACAUGCAGGUGGCGAAGGUGCCGUCGGGAGUUCAGGGGCCAUCUUCCGAGGUCCUCAUGGUUUCCCUCCCGGCUGUUACGGCCGUGAUGAAUGGUACCGCCGACCCGAGGGCGCUUCUGCGAGGCAUCACCCUCGAGAUUGACAGGGUUGCCCUCGGGGCUUAUGAAGACGAAGCCCUCGAGGACAGGAUCCUCCGGUCCUCCCUUACAACCUGCAUUGCCCUCGGGGAGCAAGCCCGGCGGCUAGAGGAGUGGCGCCUUCGCAAGGCCGAGUAGGAGGCCAAGAUGCGGGAGCUCAUCCGCCAGAAUGCAGACGCUGUGCGGCAGAUGGCCAUGCUGGAGGAGAGCCUUCGGCAGAUGACCCUGCGAGCGGAGGCCGCGGAUCGGGGUAGGGCAGAAGCCGAGAGGUCCGCAGCUGAGGCCUUGGAGAAGGCUGCCAAGGAAGCCGAGGCCGCGAAGGUUGAAGCCGUCGAGAGAGCCCGUGAGGACGCAAUCUCGGGGUUCUUGGCAGGGGGAUGGCGGUCCGAGGAGCACAAGCAAUGGCUGUCCUCGGUCGUCGAGUCCUCGGUCGACGAGUGGUGCGAUGGGCCUGGCGUGGAGUGGGUUUCCCGAAAGGGUAAACAAUACUACGAUGGGGGCGAGUUCUUCACUCAAGCCCUCAUCUAUCGGAGGAUGGCUCGCCACUUGAAGAUCGAGCCAAAGGACUUUGACCCGGCAGCAUACGGGCUCCCCCUGCAGCCAGACAUCCGCGUUCCUCUUCCCCCCGAUGUCGAGAGGCCAGACCUAGAGGACUCUGACCUCAUGAAGGAAGCCGAGGGCGACGAACCUGAGGCCGACGCAGAAGUGACCUCGAAGCCAUCGGGGGAGGCGGCCCCCGGGAGUAACAUGAUUUGAUAUGUACUUUUUAUCCUGUAAACAUAUAUUUGUAAUGAUGACAUUAUUUAUCCCUCGGCUUCGGCCUGCUUGUAAUCUCACACUUGCUCCUGUUUUUGAUGAAAU